AAGUGAAUUGAAGUAUUUACUGAAUGUUUUCUUGUAGCACUUUAUUGAAUUGCAAUUGAGCUGUAAAAAAAGAAGCAUCUUUCAAAUUAGCGACUGGGAACCAACCAUCGCUCAGUAUUACAACUUCCUCCGUGAGUAACGGAUGAUCCGGUGUUUCCUUCUCAAUUUGUGGAUCAAUUAAAGCUGUGAAAUAGUGAAACUGAGCGAAAAUGUGCAAAUUGAAAAGUGUUUUGGUGACAUGGUUAGCUCUUGUGUGUUUCACUCUUGCUGAAGAUGCUAAAAGUGCCAAGGAUUCUUACAUGGCUGCUCUGCAGAACUCGCACCAGAUCAACGGUAACAAUCAAAACAAUCACGUUCGAAUAGCUCGCGAAGACUACAAUGGUGCACCUCCGGUUUCGUCGUACGAGUACAGUUUCACACCCUCCAACAGUUACAACGUUCCUCCGACAGGAUAUGGAGCGCCACCGAAACCGGCGUAUGGUCCACCUAAACCCGUAUACGGGCCACCUGCUCCGGCAUACGGCCCACCUGCUCCGGCAUAUGGACCGCCUGCUCCUGCCAGUCAUGGAGUACCGUAUUUGAGCCCCGAAACGUGGCUUCUCAACAAAAUCAAAUUCAAAUUCAACUGGUUCACACUUGCCAAAAUUUUGCUAAAGAUAGUGAUUUUCAAAAAAAUUGUAAAAUUCAUUGCGUUGCUUUGUCUUUUGUUCUUCAUUCCAACACUGAAGCCCAGCGAGAGCGAUGACGAUCAUAGUGGAAGCAGCGGAGACCAUGAUCACAGACGCAGCUAUGACUUGCACCAUGACUACAACAGGCGUCUCACCGAUGUAACUAAUUUUGCAUUGAAAGCGAUGGAAGCUUUCACCAUCGAUAAUGAAAUUUACUGCCCAGAAGAAAACCUGCUCAGUUGCCGGGCCAAGCGAAUGUUCGACGCCAUAGACGAGGCGUAUCCGUUGCAACAAAUUUUCCAAAUGUAUGUUACCAAAACGAAUAUCAGGAGAUCGCAUUCCGAGAGAGCUGAAAAUGUCGGAAGUAACGGAAUCGACCAGAUUACCGACGAUAACAGCAAUAGUAAUGAGGGAGUUGAACAAGAAGAAGACUGAAAAUGAUUACGCAAGGGGCCAGCCUGAAGUAUCGUCGUACUACUUCGAAUGGGAGGCGAAAAUUGCGUCGAUUAUAAACAAGAUAGGGUACGGAAAAGGCGCGUGAUUUGAAUGUUGAUUGGAUCGCCGUCUGUGUGACACUUUCGUUUUUCGAUGCAUGUCGCCUGGGUAAACGGAUGUGAACGAUGAAAGUAUUUAUUUAUCUAUUUAUUUAUGAACUGUUUUGUUAUUAAAAACUUAUUUGAAAUAAACGU